UACUGUCAUCUGUCAGCCUUUCCCUCUAUCUCAGUUAUAACUUAAAACUCUUCUCUUUUCUCUCUCCUUGGAAUUUUGUUCUUCCGGUUUGUCUUUGAUUUAGCAAACCCCCCCAAUAUAAAAAAAAAAAUCUAGGGUUUGAAUUUUGGGUUCAAUGAUUGAAGAAGCUCUCGGCGAUUUUAUUAUUAAUGUCUAAAAAAAAGCGGUGGAAAUUUCUGUUACAUAGAAUAAGAGAGAGUGGUUGCAGAGAUUAAUGCGGUUUCUAUUAUUUUAAUGCGAUGCCGUUUUGAGAGCUUUUGCUGCUGCUGCUUAGAUUCUUUCCUCCUUGCUUGGUAAUGCUACUGUGCAGAGAACCAACCUCAACAAUGCCUUCUCUUCAACUUUUGCGGUUAACCAAGCAGGGCCGAAAUCUUCUGGCCUCUAGGAGAUGGUUGAAUCAAGAUUUAGGGAGCUUCUUGACCACUCUUUGAUACUUCUGAAGAAGAAAUUGCUGUUUGGUAUACUUGAUGAUUUUGUCACAAAACAGCUUCCAUAUAAUGUUACUUUGGGUUUGAGUUUAUUAUAUGUCUUGGAACACAUGGGGGACCGAGCCUUAAUUUUGACUCUAGGUGAUCUUGCACAUGCACUGCGGUUCCUGGCAUCUGUUGUGUCUCAAAGCUUUUUAGCCUUUGUUGACAUCCUGGAAUUGCAUAGAAAGUUCCUGGAGCUAUCUGGAAGUAUCAACCGAAUUUAUGAGCUUGAAGAGCUUCUUGAUGCUGCUCAAUCUUGUAUAUCUAAUUUACUGUCUCUUAAUGGGGAUUUGAGCACUGAUUACUUGUCACAGUCUCAGCGGACUGGUCUCUAUGCUGAAGAUGGUAUUUCUUUUGCCAAGGUGGAUAUAAUUACUCCAGCACAGAAGCUGUUGGCUAGGCAGUUGACAUAUGAUGUAGUACCAGGAAAAAGCCUGCUUGUUACUGGUCCAAAUGGGAGCGGAAAAAGUUCUGUUUUCAGAGUACUUCAAGGUCUCUGGCCCACUGUGAGUGGAAGACUUUAUAAACCAUCCCACCAUUUUGAUGAAAAGGCUGUAUCGGGUUGUGGCAUCUUCUAUGUUCCUCAGGGACCGUAUACUUGCUUGGGAACUUUAAGGGAUCAAAUCAUAUAUCCUCUCUCGCGAGGAAGCAGAGCUGAGGGAGUUAAAGUUGUAUGGAAAAGAACCAUGAAAAAACAAAUUGCUUCUAUUGCCAUGCUUUCAGAUAUUUCUGGCGGGUAAAAAAUCGGCAGACACCAUGAACAUUCUUGAUGCUUGUUUGAAAAUUAUUCUUGAAAAUGUUCUAUUGAAUUAUCUUUUGGAAAGAGAGGAAGUUGUGGGAUGCUAAUCUCAACUGGGAAGACAUCCUCUCGCUUGGCGAACAGCAGAGAUUAGGCAUGGUGAGUUAAGCUAAUCUUCUUGCACCUUGAACCCAUGUUUGGACAACAUGUUAUUAUUUAUACCAGACAGAUUUCUGUUGUUUGAUAUCAAACUUUCUGUUUUACCAAGCACGGUUAUUCUUCCACAAGCCUAAAUUUGGUAUCCUUGAUGAGUGCACAAAGUAUGUACUGAUCUCAAUGUAUUUUGUUUUUUUUUAAAUAAAAAAAAAAAAAAACCUAACUAGUUGUCUAAUUUACCUGGAUAUUCUUCCCGUGGCAGUGCCACAAGUGUCGAUGUUGAGGAACAGCUUUAUAGACUAGCAAAAGAUCUUGAUAUAACUUUUAUUACCUCAUCACAGGCAAGUUUCAGAUUUGGCGAGCAUCUGGAAUAACUAGUGAAUUACAACUCUAUUGUACCGCAAUUGGUGCAUUGGUCUUUGCGGC